GAGGGUGGAGGAGACGGAGACGAUGGGAGGUCUCAUUCACACUUUUAGGCUGGAUACUGAAUUAGCCAACUCACCCACUCGCAGAGCUGACGAAAAAGUUGUUUCCAUUUUAUUUAUUAUUAUUAUUAUUAUUUGUUAUUCUUAUUGGGUUUGCUAAUCCGAUGCAAUGAAUCGAUAACCCUCUCGUUUCCCCAAAGGAUCUGUGAGGAUUCCCUUAUCUCUUCCUCAUGGAUUCAUCCGAUCAUCGACUUUUCAACAGACAGAGGACCGUCCAUCAGAUCCUCGGUGGAGGACUCGUUGCAGAUGUGAUGCUGUGGAGAAGAAAAGAUGUUACUCUUGCGAUACUUCUUGUAACUCUUGCUGCUUGGGUGGUGUUUGAGAGAUCCGGUUAUACUCUUCUCUCGCUUGUUUCUAGUGUGUUCCUCCUCCUGAUUGCUAUUCUUUUUCUUUGGACGAAAUCUGCAGCAAUUCUUAACAGACCACCUCCACCUUUGCCAAAUUUGCAUAUAUCCGAAGAAAUGAUAAAUGAAGCAGCUGCUCUUAUUUGUUCACAAAUGAACAACUUUCUCUCAACCUCUCGUGAUAUCGCCUUGGGAAAGGACUCAAAGAUGUUUCUCAAAGUUGCUGCAUUCCUCUGGCUGAUCUCAGUUGUUGGCAGUUGGACGGAUUUUCUUACUUUUGGCUACACCAGUCUUGCUAUCAUUCUCACAGUUCCUGCAUUAUAUGAGAAACAUGAAGAUCAAAUUGACAGAUACAUACUGAUAGGGUACAGGGGGUUGCAGAGACUGUUUGUAAAAUUAGACAAUGAGAUCCUCAGCAAGAUCAGACGAAGUAUUUAUGAGAAGGGAAAACUAAGUUGAUCAACGUUUCCCUGAAAGUCGAUGUGAUAAAUGAUAGAUUAGAUCAAUAUGAUGCUUUUGAGUGUGUG